CUUCUCGCUUUCCGUAGCAUCUUAUUAUUCCUUCCAAUAUGGCUGCCAUCAGGAGUAGGGUGACUCCGUGCUGCUUAGCAAAAUGUUUUCUAAGACAGACUGGAAAACCAAGCCUUGGCAGCCAAGCUCUUUCAGACAUUCGGAACAACCAGUUGCUCCAGAGGUCCCAUCUACACACAGUGUUGGGCUGCCCCAGUCCAUCCACCAGCACCCAGCUGGGCCGCAGACACAAAGGAAGGUUCCUCUGGGUUAACACCGUGACCAUAAGACACAGUAGCUCACAGUUCCCACCAGAUGAUGGAUCCACGGUGUCUCCAGGAGUAGAUGUUUCUAGUAGCCCUUCUGUCCUGGAGUCAUCCCCCAUCUCUCUGCCUGCUCACCCCAUCCCUGUCAUCACCCAGGCAGUCCCUGAACAGGUCCCAGUUGAGACCGUUUUCAUGGCAGCAUCGGUAGCGGACAGUGCUGCUACUCCUCCAAUAGAUGCCUCUUCUCUGUCCGCUGACCUCAGCCCUGUUUUAACACAGCCGGUAAUUGAGCAGGUGGCUGAUGCUGCCCCGACUGCAGCGAACGUCCUGCAGGUUGUAGCUGCAGAGCCUCGGCUGGCAGAGUUGGGACUGGCCAGUCACACACCAGUGGGUCUCGUCCAGAACCUCUUAGAGUUUAUGCACAUUGACCUGGGUUUGCCCUGGUGGGGAGCUAUUGUUACAGGGACGAUUCUGGCUCGGCUAGCUUUGUUUCCUGUCAUUGUGAAGGGCCAGAGAGAAGCAGCCAAGCUGAACAACGUGUUGCCUGAGAUGACAAAAUUAACGAACAGAAUGAAUGAGGCCAAACAGAGUGGAAACAAAUUUGAUUUUGCCAAAGCAUACUCUGAUCUGAACUUGUUCCAGAAGAAGCAUGAUGUCAAUCCUCUGCGUGGUUUCCUGGUUCCUUUGGCACAGGCACCAGUUUUUAUCUCCUUCUUCAUUGCGCUGAGAAAGAUGGCCUAUCUGCCGGUGCCCAGCUUGCAGACAGGAGGUGCCCUCUGGUUUACUGACCUGACAGCAGCAGAUCCUUUCUAUAUUCUGCCUAUUGCUGUCACUGGAACCAUGUUCUUAAUCCUGGAGCUCGGUGCAGAGUCUGGUAUCGACAACCCUAAUCUGCGAGCCAUGAAGACUGUGUUCAGGGUCAUGCCUUUAAUCAUCCUCCCUCUAACAAUCAACUUUCCCACAGCAGUUUUUACCUAUUGGCUGACUUCAAACUGCUUCUCCCUGGGUCAAGUGGCGCUGCUCACGAACCCUGUAGUCAGAAGAAAGCUGAAGAUCCCAGAAAAGAUCAAACACCCGGCCUCUGCCAUGCCUCAGAAUGAAGGACUUAUUGAAAGCAUGAGGAAGGGUUGGAAGAACGCUCAGCUGGCUCAACAGCUGGAAGAGAGGGAAAGAAGAAUAAAAAACCACCUGGACCUCGCUGCUAAAGGUCCACUGAGGCAGACUUUUACUCACAAUCCUCUCCAGCAGUCUCCGACCAUGAAGGCAGAUAAAAGGAAUGCCAGGCCGUGGAAGGACACCAUUGGAUGAAUCCCAAUGGGCGUUAUUGACAUAAACCAAUGAAUUGUGUACAUAUUUACAGACAGAAAUGUCAGGACGUGAUUGUGGUUAUGUAUUAUUCUAAGUCAAAUAUAAACUCUGCCUCUAAACA